ACACUGCAGAAGAGAAGAGCAGAGAGCAGCGAAAGCUUACCUGUCAGAUUCUGUCAUUUACUGACAUGACAGUAAGGUUUUAAAUGCUUGCAGCUGAGCUUUGAGGUUUGCCCUUGGCCUUGUCUUUUUGUUCCUAAGUUCCUUGAGAAUGUGAAUUACAGCACACAGGUGUGCUGGCACCUUGUCACUUGGGCUGCCUAGAGUUGAGUGUUUUGACAGUUUAAUUUUUAUCCGCCUCUUCACAUUUGCCGAUUCGUUAUAGCAUUGUCCUGUUUAAGGAGACCUGCAGCAGGUUGGCAGGCUGGGCAGUGAGAACUUCAGGGGCUGCUCCUGCUUUGCUGUUAUCUUCAGCUGCAGUUUCCAGGCUUUCAAGAAACAGACCUGUCAUGCAUCAGCUGCCAAGUUAGGAGCCUAAUACUGAACUGCGAGUGAGUAAGUGUGCCCAAAAUCUACAAUGACAGCCAUGAAGGAGCAGCCUAACAUGGGGAGGGGAAGCCAACAACAACAAGACCAGGAGAUAGGAGGUGCAAGCCCUCCACAAAGAAACUGGAAAGGAAUUGCCAUUGCACUGCUCGUGAUCCUUGCUGUGUGCUCUCUCAUCACCAUCUCGGUCAUCCUCUUAACUCCAGAUGAUACUUCAAAAACAGCAGAUGCUCGACUAUCCUUGGAUGACUUGUUCAGAAUAGAGUUCACUAUACAUGACCCAGAAGUGAAAUGGAUCAAAGAUGCAGAAGUGGUAUAUCGGACCAGAGAUGGGCAUGUGAUCAAACUGAAUGUAGUUACAAAUGAAACAACUGUAUUGCUGGAAAACAGCACUUUUGUGAUUUUUAAAGCAACAAAAUACUCUGUGUCUCCAGAUCUCAGAUUUGUCCUCCUUGCAUAUGACGUCAAACAGGUCUAUCAUUACUCUUAUACUGCAUCAUAUAUUAUUUAUGACAUACAUACCAGGGAAGUGAGAGAACUGAAUCCCCCAGAGGUGGCAAAUUCUGUAUUACAGUAUGCAGCAUGGGGCAUAGCAGGACAGCAGCUGGUCUAUAUCUUUGAAAAUAAUAUCUACUACCAAACUGAAGUAAAAAGCAGUGCCCUGCGCCUCACCUCAUCAGGAAAAGAGGGGAUAAUCUACAAUGGCAUAGCAGAUUGGUUAUAUGAAGAAGAGCUGAUGCAUUCCCAUGUUACCCACUGGUGGUCGCCAAAUGGAGAACAACUGGCAUUUCUGAUGAUAAAUGACACUUUGGUACCAAAUAUGGCAAUCCCACGGUUUACUGGUAAUCUGUACCCAAAAGGAAAACAGUAUCCUUAUCCUAAGGCAGGACAAGCCAAUCCAAUAGUGAAGCUGUUUGUCGUGAAUCUCUAUGGACCAACUCAUACUCUUGAACUGAUGCCACCAGAGAAUUUCAAGUCCAAGGAAUAUUACAUCACAAUGGUAAAGUGGGUCAGCAAUACAAAGACUGUCGUAAACUGGCUGAACAGACCUCAAAAUGUUUCCAUUCUUACUACCUGUGAAAUUACAACUGGGGCUUGUUCUAAGAAACAUGAGGCAGUGUCUGAACUCUGGCUUUCUAAACAGAAUGAGGAACCAGUAUUCUCCAAGGAUGGCAGCAAUUUUUUUAUGACAGUACCUGUAAAACAAGGUGGUCGUGGAGAAUUCCAUCAUAUUGCCAUGUUCACUCUUCAGCCAAAAAGUGAACUGAGUAGCGUGCGUCACCUGACAUCAGGAAACUGGGAAGUCACACAAAUCCUUGGAUAUGACGAAGUUCAUCAAAAGAUAUAUUUUCUAAGUACGGAAGAUUCGCCAAGAGGAAGACACUUGUACAGUGUACACACUGUUGGAUCAUUUCAUCGCCAGUGUCUUUCCUGCACUUUCCAUAGAGAUAACUGCACUUACUUCAGUGCAUACUUCAGCCCCAGUAACGAACACUUCACACUGCACUGUGAAGGUCCCAAUAUACCGAUGGUCUCAGUCCAUAGCACAAGCAAUCCAAACAACACCUACAUACUGGAAGAUAAUGCUGUUCUGCAUGAAUGUAUCAAAGGAAAAAGGAUCCACAAACCAGAAUACAGGGCUGUUCAUAUUGCUGAUUAUGAGCUCACUCUGCAGUUGCUGUAUCCUGAGGGCUUUGAUGAAAACAAUCAAUAUCCUGUUCUGCUGGUUGUUGAUGGAGCCCCAGGGAGCCAGGUGGUUACUGAUAAAUUUCGGAUUGACUGGGAUUCAGUACUUGUCAGCUCUGAUAAUGUCAUCCUUGCUCGCUUUGAUGGCCGGGGGAGUGGUUUCCAAGGGCUUAAAAUUCUGCAGGAUAUCCAUCGAAGGUUGGGAACAGUGGAAGUCAAAGACCAAAUUACAGCAGUACAAUCAUUAUUGAAGCUACCAUUUAUUGAUGCAAACAGAAUAGGUGUUUAUGGGAAGGCAUAUGGAGGCUAUGUCACAUCCAUGAUUCUUACUUCCACUGACAGAAUCUUCAAAUGUGGAGUUGCAGUAGCACCAAUUACUGACUGGAAGUUGUAUGCUUCAGCAUUCACAGAACGAUACCUUGGAUUACCAUCACGAGAUGAAAUCAUUUAUCAAGAAUCUAGUGUAUUACAAAAUGUUAAUGAAAUCAAAGAUGAGAGUUUCUUGAUCAUACAUGGCACUGCUGAUGCAAAUGUACAUUUUCAGCACACAGCAGAGCUGAUACAACACCUGGUGAAAGCAGAAAGAAACUAUACCCUACAGAUUUACCCAGAUGAAGGCCAUUUUAUUACAGCUGAAAAAAGCAAGCAUCAUAUGUACAGUGCUAUCCUCAACUUUUUCAGAGAGUGCCUCAAGGAAGAAAUACCUGUAUUACAGAAAGAACCAGAGGAUGAUGAAUAAAUUCAGGAAUUCUUUAAAAAGGAACAAGAAAGAAAACUCAAAAUAUACUAAAAACAAAGCUAAUAGUACAGAACUCUCAGAACCCAGCAUUAAAUACCACUGUUGGUGGAAGUGCAGAAGUACCAGGGCAGCUGCAAGAAAUUUACAGAAACAGCACAUUAGAGAUAAUGAAUCUGAUGACUGGCAAAAAGGAUUUGAAUUCACGUGCCAGGUCCAGGAUUAUUUUCAAAGGAACAGUAUUUAAACAAUUUUUGGAAAUACAUCGACCUGUUAGCACACUUUUAGAGAAAGUUAAAAUCCCAACUGUGCAAAUGCAUGUGUAUUUUAUUUGGCUCCACUGCUGUAUAUGUUAAUACUUGUUGACUGGUAACAACAUUUAAAGAGGACACAUUUAUUUUCUUUUUAAUUUUGUAUUGUCAUUUGCACAAAAAUGAUGACAUAUAUAUUAUGAUGUGCACCCUUUAUGUCAGAAACCAGACAUUGUAGUUCACAAAUUUAAAACCAUUCAACCUCCCUGACAUCCCAUUAUAUGACAUUAAUUAAAUAAACAGAAUUUUUACAAGUCUUCUCAAAAGUAGAAUGUGUUUUCAAAACAUGUGGUAUUGUGUAUUACACAUUGGCUUAACAUUCCUACAUCAUUAGAUAAUCUUGCUUUUGCACUAUAUCCAUUUUACUUGUAGCUAAAAAUAUAACGAUUCCCAAUUUAGCACAGAUCGGGUAAUUAAAGAUUGGAUAUAAGUCUUUUAUUGGCAAAUUGUCACAGCUUGCAAUAACAUUGCGCUCAAGUGAAUAUCUUCUGUGCAUCAAGCUCACUAUAAUUCAGGAUUACAUUUACCACAUCUUGUUUCAAAAUGCAAAACAAUGAUAAAUCAUAAUACAUUAAAUUGCCUCUUUCAAUUUUAUUUCCCCAAAGGGAAAAAUAUUCAGAUACAAGUCAUUUCAAUGACUCAUGAUUAAAAUCUCUUUUAAAUUCCAUUACUGAUACAUCUUCCAGCAUUCAUUUUUCAGGCAAUAUUUAGGUCAACGUUCAUGCAACUGCACACAAUGUACUUAACCAAGAAAAAAAAGUAUUAAUUGGAAUUUAUAAAGUAUUAUCAUUAUACCUAUAAAUUUCAGUCUUGCCAGAAUGCCCUGGUUUGAAUCUGGAUGUAAAUAAUUCCUGAGGAAUUUUUCUUAUAUCCCAGUCCUCAAAUUAAUUUGAAUUUUUUUUAGCCCCACAUGUUAAAUGAGUGAACUUAUUCAAAAGGAAUAUAAGAUCACGGUAAGGCAUCAAUAAUGAAUUGAGGCAUUGUGUCUCCAAAAUAGUUGCAAGUAUGCCAUCAUGUGGCCAGAAGCUAAAAUACUUGAAUCUUGCUGAACACUUAACUAAAUAUACAAACAACAAAAAUUUGCAUUCUAUAUGAUAAAACCUGUUCUUUACAUCUUUGCUAAUGCCAGUUUUACAUUUGUAAAUAUGUAAAAUACAAAUAGUUUGUAUAAAAGCUUUUACGAAAAAGGUAUUUUAUUUUCUGUUAUUACCAAACCAAAUAUAGAAGAUGAAAAGAGCAAUUCAACUCUUAAUGUUAUAUUAUUCCCCUUAUUCCACCCUUUCCAAACAUGAUCUUGUAUUGAGAUUCAUAAGAUCAUGCAAAUACUACACUUCAAAGGUGUAGAGAGAUGGACAGAUAACUGAGUUACCUAGUAUAAUAAUUUGGGAUGAAGAAAGAUUUAAAUAGGUUACUUUGCUCAUUGAGUAAUACAAAAAUAAAAUACUAUCAUGACUUGAUGUGUAUUUGUUAACACUGUGGCUCUGUUCUAUAAAAUUUUAGGAAUUGCUUUAUUUGUAGUUAUGUUAAAACUUAAGUGGUUGAAUGGUAAGAGAAACUUGUAGGGAGAUGCAUGACUGGAAUAAUAAAGUAG